AUGGCUUUCCGAUCAUCCACCGUUGUCCUGCCCCUGGCAGUUGUGGUGGCUUUCCUGACCCUGGCCCCCAGCUUCGUGCCGGCAGCCAACAAGGCGGAGCCGUCCCUGAGGGGACCUGCGGCAACCUCCGCAGCAGGCUUCGCUUGGCAUUUGGGUUGGGUGUGUGAGCUGAACCAGUUCGGCUUGGUGUUUGCCAUUUUCUUCCUCGGGUUCUUUAUUGCUGGCUUGGUCCGCAUGUUCAACGCCACUCGAAUGGCAUUUGGCAUGCUUCGCACUGGACAGGCAGCUCUUGGCACUUUAGGUCAGGGUCGGGACACAAACGAGGCCCCCAUGUGUUUCACGUGUUUCAGCUGA